AAAUCUGCCCCGUAUGAUUCCCAAAUUCCAAUCAAGAGGAUGGGCAGUGGGAAGCGGGCACCACAUUCGCUGGUCCACGGCAGCCGCCGCCGCCGUCCGGCCAUCUAGCACAGCGUCCGCAGUCCGCCACCGAGCACCGCAUCCGCAGUCUGCACGUCGACACCAGCCGUUGGCGCCGCCGGGCACCGCAUCCGCAGUCUGCACGUCGACACCAGCCGCCGGCGCCGCUGGGCAUCGCAUCCGCAGUCUGCACGUCGACACCAGCCGCCGGCGCCGCUGGGCACCGCGUUCGCACAUGCACACUAGCCUCCGGCGCGCAUCGUUUUGGUCGACAGCGGAAGGCUCAUGCCAUGGACUUCAGGUAAGUCUCGAUUCUAUCCAUUUGGCCUCCCGUUCAUUGGCAAGUUGGGUCGAGAUCCAGUGUAUUUGCGAUCACUGAAACGGAGCUGCGAA